AUGGAAACAGGCCUAGCGCAAGAGGAGCCCAGUGUGGUGCACAAGGGGGCUGCGAAGGACACCAAGGCUGAAAAGAAAAAGAAAAAGGCGACGGCAUCCAAGGUUGGCCUUUUAAAAUCAGAGACAAAAGCCAAACCUAGGGGCAAGAUACUGCAAGAAGACAAGGACAGUUUGGAGGGGCCCUGCGGCUCCGGGUGUAUCAUUAUUCUGCGUUGUCAGCGUUUUAACAACGUCCGUUGCUUCAUGGUUUUCUACUGCAUGCUGAUCUUUUCUCAAGGUAUGGUGUUUGGUCUUGUUGAUCUGAGCAUUAACAAUUUCCUGAAGGAUUAUCAGCUGAGUAUCAUUGAUAGUACAGCAUUGUCCUUGACCUAUGAUGUUUCAUCUUGUCUGGUAGUAGUAUUUAUAGCAUACUAUGGAGGGAGAGGAAAUAGACCACGAUGGAUUGCAGUUUCCUCCUUUAUAAUAGGAUUUGGUACACUUUUGUUUUCUUUUCCAUACUUUACUGGUGAAAAUUAUCAAGGGACACAAAAUAUAGAAGAUACCUGCCAAGCAAAGAAAGUUAACAGUACUUGCCAGGAAGUCCCACCAUCUUUCAAAAAGAAAUAUGUACCUUUCUUCAUCGCUGGACAGAUUGUGCAAGGGAUAGCAGGAAUGCCUCUUUAUGUUCUUGGAGUAACUUUUCUUGAUGACAGUGUUGACAUGUACUCAACUGGUAUCUAUCUAGGCUUUGCGGACGCUUCCUCAAUUCUUGGAUAUGCUUUGGGUUAUGCUAUAGGAGCUCCACUACUUAAUGCCUCUGAGAUCAACACUUCUGAAAGAAGCAUUACAGUCCAUGGAUAUAAAAUAAAAUGGCAGUGGACUUGGUGGAUGGCCUUUCUUUUUCCCUCUCUUAUUGCAUGGUCUACAUUAAUACCAUUGUCAUGCUUUCCACAGAAUUUACCAGGUACAAGAAAGAUAAGAACUGGGAAACUGAAACAGUCUCAUUGGUCUGCAAACAAGUGUAAGGAGCAGGAAUUUGGAAAUAGUUUCAAGGAUUUCUUUGCUGCUAUUUGGAUUCUGAUGAAGAAUCCAGUGUUUGUGUGUUUAGCCCUGUCGAAAGCUACAGAAUCUUUACAUACUAUUGGAGCUUCUGAAUUUCUGCCUAAAUAUAUGGAAAAUCAGUUUGUAUUAACAACCAAAAUGGCAACUACAAUUGCAGGACUUGUUUUAAUUCCAGGAGGUGCACUUGGCCAGUUUCUGGGAGGAGCAAUUAUUUACAUAUUAGAAUGGUCUUGUAAAGCCAUUAUGAGAUUUAUAAUGGUUACAUCUGCUGUAUCAAAUAUCCUACUUGUGUUUAUCAUUUUUGUUCGCUGCAAAUCAGGACAAUUUGCUGGGAUCACUGAAAAUUAUGAAGGAACAGGGCAGUUGGGAAAUCUAACAGCUCCUUGUAACUCUGAAUGUGGAUGCUCAUCUUCAUUUUAUUUUUCUGUAUGUGGAAGAGAUGGAAUUGAAUAUUUCUCUCCCUGCUUUGCAGGUUGUAGAAGUUCCAAAUCAUUAAAACAUCUUAAGACAUACUACAAUUGUUCUUGCAUUACGAAGGGAUUAACAACCUCAGAUGAUGAAGGUGGUUUUAUUGAUGCAAAACCUGGGACAUGUGAAGUAAUGUGCUAUAAAUUACCCUUGUUCAUUUCCUUUUUCUUCUCUACGAUUGUGUUUUCUGGUUUUUCUGGUAUACCAGGCACUGUGUCCAUUCUCCGGGUUGUAUCUGACAAACAACCUUCUCUGGCUCUGGGCAUUGCUUUUGUGAUUAUAAGAAUAUUUGGGACUAUUCCUGGACAAUUAGUUUUUAAAAUGGUAGGAGAAAAUUCUUGUACCUUUCGGAAUACUGAUAGCUGUCGACGCGUAGGAAAUUGUUGGAUCUAUAACAAGACAAAAAUGGCCAACCUGUUGGUAGGAAUAUGUUUUAUUUGCAAAGUAUUCACUAUCUUCUUCACUGCCAUUGCGUUUUGCCUGUACUCACAUAAUAAAGAAAGCACUGUUAUGAUGCCUAAACCUCACCAAGCCUGGUUGGAUAAUCAGCGAAGGAAGAAAACAGCAGGAUAUAUUCUUGAACGAUCUCCUGAUGCAAUUGCGUUUACAGCUUUCCUGUCAGCACCCAGGGAGAACUUUCCGCUACCAGACUCCCACAGCCUCUGUUUGUUCCCAGUCCAUAGACACCAGGGAAGAGCGCGGUGGGCUGGGGCACAAGGCGCCAGCAGAGGGCGGACUCUGCGGGAGAGAGGCCGGCCCUUGCCCCCUCACCUGGCCGCCACAGCCCCCACCGUGCAUUCUGGUUGGCUCCGGCAGUGA